UUCAAAUCAUUUGUUUUUCGAAGAAGAAAAUGAGAAGAAGACCAGGAAUCGGAGGCCUUCAAACAGCGGCAGCCGCUAGGGAUCAAUAUCGAUUACUGGGAGAAAAUGUAGCCAAGUUAAGAACCGAUCUCAUGAAAGAACAGCUCGCCACCUUUCGUUCUCAGCUUGAAGAAUUCGCUCGAAAACACAAGAAUGAUAUUCGUAAAAAUCCGUCAUUUAGGUCACAAUUUCAUGAAAUGUGUGCCAAAGUGGGAGUGGAUCCUUUGGCUUCAAAUAAGGGAUUUUGGGCUGAGCUUUUAGGGAUUGGUGAUUUCUAUUAUGAACUUGGGGUGCAAAUUGUUGAGAUAUGCUUGGCGACUAGGCCUCUUAAUGGAGGUUUGAUCGACUUGCAGGAACUCUGCAAAUUGCUUCGUCAGAAACGAAAACAUGAUCGUGAAGCUGUAUCUGAGGAUGACUGUUUGCGUGCUAUAAGUAAGCUGAAGACAUUGGGUAGUGGAUUUGAGGUGAUUUUGGCUGGAAAGAAAAAGCUUGUUCGAUCUGUUCCAACUGAGUUGAAGAAAGACCAUAAUGAAAUUCUGGAGCUAGCAUACAGCACAGGCUAUGUGACUGUUGAUGAGGUAGAGAGACGGCUUACCUGGACACAUGGGCGUGCUAUUGAUGCCCUUGAUACCUUAUUAGAUGAAGGUCUUGCGAUGAUUGAUGAUGGCCAUGCGGAUGGCAAACACCGAUAUUGGUUCCCCUGUGUAUCCUCCAUCUCCUCAUUUGGUGCUGAUAAUUAACAUUAAUCUGUCCCUUUUUUUUCUUCCUCGCUUUUCUUUUCCCAAAUUCAAGUGUGUUUUAACUUGCAAAUGGUUUAUGUGAACUCACAAAGAUAAAGAGAAAGAAGACUUUCGUUUGUUUCU